UGUCAUUGUGUGGUAGUGUAUGAUUGUGGCAUCUCCAUAAUGAGAUGAUAGCGAGCCCGCGUGUGUGUGUAUGUGUUGUGCUGUGUUGCGUGUCUGUAUGGGUGUCACACGCAGCUGGCGGAUAUGGGACACGUCCUGUCGUUCACACAUUGCAAGGAUGCUCCAUCAACAGCAUCAAGCACCCCGGACUCCUGUCCUCCCGACGGUGAACUUGAUGAUGAACCCUUGGUGACCCAGGUUGACUUCUGGCCCCUGCCUUCACCCCAGGAGCCAACAUUCUCAUAUAUCACUAUAGGAAGCCCUGGCCCCUGGCCCCGUCCUGCAGCCAGACCGCGGAGGGGACGUGGUCAGGGUCACAAGGAAUUCCAGGGCCAGGGCAGGGAAGAAGCCCCCAGAACAGAAACGCCAAACGAGGAGAUGGUGUCCUUUGUCUUGUUGGAGAAGGUCUGCCAACUCUCGCAGAUAGCACCAGCCCCGCCCCUGAGGAUCCAGGAGAAGACAGAGUUCAUGGAGAAACCUCACCUUCAAGAAAUAGACUGCAGAGCAGUCAAAGACCUCCUAUACUGGAGAGAUAUCCCCCUCUCCGCUGCCUGUCUCACCGGGAUAACCCUCUCCCUGCUGUGCCUCAUCCAAUUCAGUGUGAUCAGUGUGGUCUCGUACGGAUGUCUCAUUGUCCUGAGUGCGACUCUCACGCUGCGGAUAUACACUAAGUUCUUACACAAACUCAAGAAAGGGAGUGGAUCCAAUCCGUUCCAGUACUUCCUGGAUGUGGAUCUCAUGCUCCCGUCACCGCAGCUGGAAGCCGUGGCCGCGCGGGUUAUCAAUCUCUGCUGCUGCGCGCUCUGCACUCUCCGCAACCUCUUCCUGGUGAAGGACAUCAAGGAGUCACUUAAGUUCUUACUCCUCCUCUACCUCCUCACGUACGUCGGAGCCGUCUUCAACGGACUUACUCUGCUCGUCUUAGUGGUAAUUGGGGCAUUUACAUUUCCGCUCCUGUACAAACAGAACAAGGCGCAGGUCGACAGUCAUAUCGCCCUCCUUAAGAAGCGGGUGAAUUCUUUUAGGACUCAACUCCAAGCUCAACCGCGGAAAGCCGGAGCCAAAAAGGACUAAAGACCAGACGCGGAGGGUCUCUCGGCGGCCAUCGCUCUCGGCCUGUUGAUUCAGGACAGUAUUAAGAUAAAACGCGGCCGUUAUUAAUAAUGACCGGCGCUUUCCAACACUGCUCUACCUGUAAUUCACAAAAGUCUUCGAGAGGCUGGAGUCUUCACUGGUUGUUUUUUUUUCUAGUGAAUCGAAUUGCCUCGUCCAGGGAUUAAUUCCUUAACAUUUCUGUAAAAAAAAAUAAAAAAAAAAUGGAUCACACUGUAUUUCAUUGAGAAAGAAAAAAAAAUGCUGGUUUUUUUCUGUUAUAAUAAAACUGUUUUCGUAUUUGAA